GAUAGAUAGAUAGAUAUCGUCUCUCUCUUUCAUUUAAAUCAACUUGUGUAUACAUUUUCAACUAAAUAACUAUUUAAUUGCAGUGGAGUUAAUUCACCUGUUAUGAAUUAACCCUCUGCAAAAUGAGAUUCAUCGGUUGAGGGUUUUGCGCAGGAAAACCACUGAUCGCAGUGACCUUUUCUCAAAUACCUACAAUAUGAGCAUGUUCAUAACAACACUGAAAAGCAACAUUGAGCUCCGAAAACAACGAUAAUCAUCUGUAUUCGUUGUCCAAAGGAAACCACCUGAUGAGCGCAAACUAAAGCUUCCACAAUGGAGGCGAUUGCAGAACGACAAGGUGCGGACACCGCUGAGUUUAAGCGUGGAAAAGAGGAUCCGCUCUCCUCCACGAGUUCCACCUCAGUCCACGUCAGAAAAGCACCGCGUGGUCUCUCGCAGCGGUCGCGCUGAUUUAACAAAGGGCGCUGCAGCAAAGCCGCGGUUGGCCCACACGGCCGUGGAACACAUCCGUGUAAAAUGUCGCACUGCUGACACACUGGACCACAUGAGGGAUCACUUGACUUUUCUGAAGCUCGUAGAGAUGUGAUAAUUGCAAUAAUUAGGCGUGUUUUAUAGACCGACGCAUUUAGUUUUUUCGUCCUUUUGUCCCUCAAGGGAAAGCUUUGUCCCAUUUUUGCAUUUCCUUACUCCGCAUCCCAUGAAUGGUUUGAUCAUCACAUGUCCAGAAUAAACAAGCAAAACUUAUAUACCUCACAAUAUUCAACAGGACACGUUUGUUACAAUCAGAAUUUCUCCUUCAAACAGGCCAUGACAAACACGUCAAGGGAGUGAUUUUAUGAAGAUGUAAAUUAAAAUAAGUAAACAUCACGCUCUUUUUGUGGCAGAGAGGUUUUAAAUUGGUAUUUUAAUCCAUAUUCUCUCUCAUUGCACUUUUAACUCUCAAGACACUGGGCAGUAAAAAAAAUAAUGGCGUGGACACAAAAAAAGACGUGGAAACAUUAUACCUCUAUAAAAGCAAGAAUGGGGGCCAUAGAGAGUUAUCAUAGUAAAGUUUGACUAUCAUGAAAAGGAUAUCGGAUCUACCAUGCAAAAUCAAUUAGAGGGGGGAGCUGGGUCAGAAAUGUGCAGGGCCGGUGGACAAGCUAUGUCAGAAAAAAGCCACAAAAAAAAUGCUUCUGAAGAGAAAUAGCAUGUUGCAGUGUGUACAAGUAACAACUCAAGGAUCCAGAGGCUAUGUAUUUGUAUUAUGUAUUUCUAAAUGAGUCAAAUCAAUAACGCACAGUAUUUCUCCAUGUCUCCAUUAAAUGAAAUGUUAGCCUAUUUUCUCUCACUCAUUGGAAAAGUUUGUAUCUGUUGACUAUACUCCUAACUUUUUCUCAUCAGAUUUACAAGACGGGAUAACAUCAGAAACUAAAAAAAACAAAGCAUUUUUGAAAAAGCCAACUUUUAUUUGAAUGUAUUUAUUUCAUACAGACUUCGAGAGAAAUCCUUUAUUAACAUCAGUGACACAAAGUGUCACUGGCUGUUAUUAGUUUUACAUUACCACAUUUUGGCAGAAGGAUAGCUGGUCUUCUCCUGCUCUGUAUGUUUCAGCAGACAGAGCGAUUUGAUCUUUCCUCUUUGCAUUGUGCAAAGACAAUGUUCUGGGUUGCAUCUUAUGAUCUGUUAUCUUAGGUCAUCCCAAAGGUUUGGGAUCUGGGAACUGAGAUGGUCAUGGAAACAUUGAUUUUGUGUCAUUUGAACCAUUACCAUGUUGAUUUGGCCAUAUGUUUUGGAUCCUGCAGAACCAAAUUGCAAGCACUCUAACAAGGUCCUGUUUUAUGCUCUCUUCUCUUCAGCUCACCAUACAGAUUUUAUUUUUUAAAUUGAUCGUUGAUUUAUUGGGUUGAUAUUGUGUCUGGUGAACAGUUUCUUUGUUGUUAUGGCCAUGUGUUUCUGAUCAUUAAUGCAUCGAAUCACUGGAUUAAGACCACUUAAAAUUUUUUAGGGGAGUACACCAACAUUUUAUGAAGAAGUUGCCUGAUAUUUCAUGAUGCUAUGAAAUAAGAAAUGUCUUCCCAAGAGCUCUGUAAAGAGAUCCAGCUCACAACAUUAUCCUCAUCUGGUCAAAGCAAAAACAUUAUAGUUAAGGUCUGAAAAUAGUUUAACCAACUCCACAUGUUUACAUUUGUGAUAGUAGGAUAGACAAAGCUUAUAUCGGGUAUUUCUCAAAUAACCAUUUGGUAUGUAUAGGUAGUAUCUCAUGGCUAAUGUGGAGAGCUGAUGACGCCAAGUUGUCACUAUUUGUUGAUGUCCCCUUACAUUAAGCUUUAGAGUUGUUUUUACCUCGCUAUCAUUCUGCUGACUGGUUGCGAGACAAGUGUGGGUCCUGAUCUAGCUGGUGCUAAAAUACAUUUACCUCUGAAAGCAGUAACUUUCAUUUGUAUUAUACAUUUGUUUCAUUUAGAGAUAGCUCUCAGUUUGUGAAAAUGGCAGCUGGUUGUAAAACAUCAUGCGCUUAACCUUUAUUGGCCACUGCUGUGUAAGGAGGCUCUUAAUAGUGCAUCAUUACUGAAGUUUCUAUUCUGAAAUAAUGAAUAUCAGUUCAGGAUUUGGAUAAUGGAAAUUACUGCAAGCUUUUGUAUUUCUUGUCUUUUUUUUCUUUGCUUAGAUUAUUUUUCUUUAUAUGUCUGAUAUGUCAAAGCUCAUGUGUCAUUAAAACUAAAGCAUAAAAAUUGGAAAAAAUAUCAGAUUGGGAAGAGUUCAAGGAAUCCAGUUACUGCAAUACCUAUAUUCUUUUCUUGAAUAGGACAGAACUGAUAAUUUUUUGUAAGAUUUAAAUAUUUGUCAAUCAAGGAACAAAUUGUAGUAUGAUAUGCUAGAAUUAGGAACCACACAUUUUAAAUUUAAAGGUUAUGCUAAUUUAGCCUAAGAUUUUACAGCUUGCAAAAUAAAAGGUUUGUGAUACAUUUCUAUUUCCAAAAAUAAAUAAAUUUUGCUGAAGAUCGUAUUUACAUGACUAAGUAAUGAUGAUCAAAAUGGAGUUCAGGAAUGACAUAAAUUAAAGAAAGACAGCUAAUUUAAUUUUAUCCACAUACAUGUUUUAAAAUAUAGCUGCUCAGAAGCAGCCUAAUUGUACUCCACUUUGUAAGAGAGUGUAAUGGCAGAAAAAUAUAAAUUAGCUGAAGGAUCAAGUCAUCAGUGAAGAUAAACAUCUCAGGUAGGUCACAGGUUUAAAAUAGGGAAAUCCAUUCUCAUACUAACGUUCCACUUACAAGGCACUAUCAAAAGAAUUGCUGUUUUCUUUUUCUUUUUCAUGUGUUUGAUCUUAUCAAAUAUAACUGGCCCAAAACCUAUCAGUGGGAGUUCAGACUGAGUGGAGUUAUCAUGACAAAGGCUUGAGAAGGCGAACCCAGGUGAGGCAGAAGAACCAAAAGAAGAUAAUCAGAGCAUUUGUUAAAGCAACAGCCAAAGGGCAUGCAGGCAUAAAUUAGCAAUCCAGCAAAUGCCGACUGAAAACCGUCGAGCUAAUAGUUCAUGGUCUCAUGACGAACAUGCAGUCACACCUCCUGUGAGAUUCUUAUCUAACUGGAAUUACUCCAUGCCUUUUUCUUCUGGAUAUUUCAGUCACAUUACUGGAUGCUGUGAUGACAGAGAAGUGGGUUUUCUGCCUCUUCACACAAAUAAGCAAACUUGGUGCAUUUGUAUUUGUUGAGCCAAGACAAAUUUAGUGUCUUGUGAGGAUUAUUGUUUGCCUUUUAUAAAGUGUAAGGCAACGGCACACCGUUCUUUUCAGAUACAAGCAGAACUAUCAGAAAGAUCUACAGAAAACUGGAGAAUGCUGUAUCAAUUUGGACUUAAAAGAGAAAUGACAAAAUUCGCAGAAAAUAAUGUAGCAUGUGUAAAAUAAAAAGUUACAUUAACUGCUGCAUAUCUAUGUCGCAGAGCUCAAAAGAAACUUAUAUUGUCACCUGUUUCUGUAAAGCUGCUCUCAUGAGGUUAGCAUUAAGGGCAACAGAUUUGACAAUAGAGAGCUGACUAUGUCAGGUCAUGCAAAACCUAUUAAUGUUUUAAUAGAGAUUAAAAUAUUUAAACUAAGUACACAAUUGACAUUAAACAUGUCCUUAUGACCGCCAUAUCUUGUGUCUUACCAAUUUUGUUCGAACAUCAUUAAUUCCUUUUCCCUGAAAAAAUCAACAGCUCCUAAUUUCUGGUCAGUUUUAGAUAAAGCAUAAAAUCCCCCAACCCCCUCACACUGGAAACACAGAAUUAAUUACUUUACAUGCACGUAUAAAUUCGGCCACAAGAGGGCACUUUUCUUUCUAUCAGUGUUUUUAUUGUUUUAUUGCAGCUUUUAUCAUCUUAUUUUUUAUUUAUUUCAAAUGUUGUACUAAUAACUUUUUUAUUCUAUCAAUCUGAAUUUGUAAAGUUGAAAAGUGUAACAAAUACUCAGAGCAUGCAUCCACUAAUUCAACAUAACAUUAUUAAAAUGUAAUCUAAUCUAAACCUAGAAACAAAAAAAAAUCUAACCUGGAAGUAAUUCAGUAAAUUACUUGCAUGUACGCAGUGUAAUUUGGUUAAAAUGGAAUCUGGUCUGUGCUGGGAAUUAAUUUCUAGAAUUAUAUUUCAAACUCUCUGCAUUGCAAGAUGCUCUUUCUCAUGGUUGUCAAAAAAUUUUUUGUUUUUAAAGCUUAUGGAAAUGGAACACACCAUUUUUUCCAUUACAUACUCUGUGUAUUUAGGAAGGAGGGGGCUUUUGCAAUGCUAUGCAGAAGAAUGCACUCCUGAACUUUAUCUCCAUUUUGUUGGCAUAAAUGCCAACACAAACCCAUUAAGUUUUAAAUAAUGUUCUUAAUUAUCAUGUGUAUGUAUGGUGUGCAUAUAAAGUCUGCCUCAUAAUCUCAAACAUCUAAAGAAACUUCAUUCCAACCAGUUGCCUUGAGAAAUCCCCUAAUUAGUAAAUCAAGUCCACUUGUGCAUAAUUUAAAUUUGGUAUAAACACAGUUGUUCUGUGAAGGUCUCAAAGGUUUGUUAGAGAACAUCAACAAAUAAAGGACAUAAUGAAGACUAAGGAAAACACCAGUAAGGUCAGGGAAAAAGUUGAGACCAUAAUAGCUUAGUUAACAGCUUUGACAAACAUUACACAGGCGGUUUGUUUCAAGCGGGAUUUUAAAGGAUUAUAAUGUUCUGACAUGACUUGCACAAGUAUUCAUAUACUUCUGACAUCUGAACAGUCUUUGCUGUGAGCUAUCCAUUAUAGCUCUGGAUGUAUGCUUAAGGGUUGAGUCCUACUUUAAGGUGAACCUCUGUUCCUGUCUUAAUAGGUUUUCUUACAGGACUGCCCUGUAUUUAGCAACGACACUGACACACUAUAAUAAUCUCCACCUCAUGAUGCUGUCAUCAAUGUGGUUCUCUUUCAACUUCAGGUUUUAGUCUCACAUGACCAGCAUCUUGAAUGAUUUUUUUUUACUGUACACGACAUGCCAUUAUAUAGGUAGAUUGUAAAGUGGAGUCUAUCAAUACUCUCCUUGUCUGUCCUGUCAGUUUAGGUGGACGGGCAUGUCUUGGUUUGCAUUUACACCAUACUCCUUACGUUUCCAUUCAAUUUAAUGAUGUAAUUUGUUCAUUUAUGCUUUCUAAGAGGGGCUUCACAAAACAGCUAUUUAUGUAGACGUGGAAUUAUACACAAGUGAAUUGUAUUUGCUAUAGCUCUUCAGGCAGUUGGUUUUGCUGGAUUUUACUUGGGGUUAUCAGGAUAAUGUAAUAAGAAAUGGAUGUGUUGGCAUAAAAUGCCAACAAAAUGGAAAUAAAGUUCAGGAGUGUCACGUAUAUCAUUGUACUUUCUCUUCACAAUAAUGUGCUACUGUGAUUUGGAACAUUACAUUCUUUCAAGUUUGUUGUUGCAACAUGAGAAGCGUGGAUGCUUUUGAAAGACAUUGCAGUUGCUGUUGAAGGUGUCACCGCCGUUGCCCUGCUAGGCGCUGUCCGAUGACUGUGGUGCUGAAACUCAAAGCGACACAUCUGACAGCGCUUCUUACUGUUAGAGCAGGUGCCCAAUUUUAAUUACACGGUUUAAUGGGGCGCAUCGGUCACAUGAUGCUCGUUGUGACACCAACCAGAUGACAACGGAUCAGAAAAUCAAUCUGAACAUCUCUUUAUUCUCUCUCUUUUUUCUUUUUCUUUUUGUCUAUUCCGGUAGUUGUUUCACGGUUAGUUUUAGCAUCCCUGUUCUCUGGUUUUGCUCCAGCGGGACCGUUACACAGGUCUGUGAACCGGAUGGAGCUGGACUGAAACCAGGUCAAACUCACACUUAGAGAAAAACAAGAAAAAGAAGGGGAAAAAAACGCACAUGGGAGGAAAAAAAACGUUUUUAACUGAUUUGAUGCGGAGUACAUGUUAAUUAUUAACACAAAUAACCUGUGUGGUCAAAUGAAGCCGUGCAAUAUGGGAGAACAUGGCGGACAAUGUCCACGGACAAAGCGGCUCUGCUUUUGCUCAGUCUAACGAAGAAGAAUACGAGUGCAAAAUCUGCUACAACCACUACGACUUGGACCGCCGCAUGCCCAAAGAGUUGAGCUGCUCCCACACCUUCUGUCAGCAGUGCCUGGAAACUCUGCACUCACGAGAGGGUCGAGGAUGGAGGAUCGGCUGUCCCGUGUGUCGCCAUCGGACUCCGGUUCGGGAAUAUCAGGUUCAAAAUCUCCCGAACAACAGGGCGCUGUUCGAGGCUCUUCCGCUUAGAGUCCAUCAACGUCAGAGCUUAUCAAACACGGAAGAACAACAGACCGGUCCGUCCGGAUCUUUUGCCACCGAGGAACGCUGCGACACCUGCAAGAACGUAGCCUUUACCACGGGCUGUGUCUGCGCCAUCUUCUCCUUCCUCUCCAUGGUGGUGCUUUUAUUUCUGGGCCUCAUUUUCGUGCACAACUUCAGCCAUAUAGCGUCGCCUGUCGGCCCAGUUUGUCUGUUCGUCGCCAGCGUCCUGGCUCUGCUCUCCAUAAUAUUCACUUGGUUGAUGUGCAUGCUGAAGUAUGGAGCAGAAACAGAAGCGAGCACGCUUAGUUCCCUCACCUCUAAUGUAAUGUGAUCCUCAGAGUUUGAACUGGACUUUUGAAAUGGGAUAUUUAGAGGUGUGAAGUUCAAGGCCUUGACGCGCCUCAAUAGUGAAUUUUGAGAACAAUUCGGAUUGUCAAUAAAUGACUGUGUGCUUUAUGAAAAUGGACUAAUUGUGUCGGGAAUUGUUGUUGCUCAUUUGUUUGAUUUUCAUUUAUUGUGGUGAGGAGCGAAUCAUAGCCAACUCAUACCUUAUUUUCAAACCUCCUGUUGCCCUUUAAGUCCUUCUUAUUUUCAGUAUCUUCAAACAGUCCAUUUCAUGCCAGCACAGCUUUUUUUGUCAGGGUUUCACUGUCUCAGAGGCCAAAAUAGUGCUAAAAAAAAUAAAAUAAAAUCACUGCAUGGAAAAAACAAUACAUAUGUAGGCUACUUCAUAGAAAGGCCAAAUCUAGACUGAAAUAACCAAUAGUGAUCACAGAUUCCUUUGAGUCUACUGAGACACGUUUUCUAAGAAAAGUUAAAAACUUCAAUCUCUUGUUGCGUUCCCAAGUGCAGACGGCAGUUCCUGCCCAAGGCGACGAUUAUGUCAGAAGAACUGAUACUGUCAAUGGCAAACGGUAUCAUUUGGCUCUGGAUCAGUUUGCUCUUUAUCUAUCUUUACAUACCUAUUGCAGUGCAGUUUCAUUCUACUUAUAUUGUAGAGUAUUGUAUCCACUUACUUUUUUAUUGUAGUUAUGUACGUAUUUCAUGAACUUUAGAGAUAAAAAAAAAACUCUUCAAAGUUCCAACACUGGUCAAAGUAUUUUAUUUGAUCGAGUUCUUACUGUACUCUCUUGCUGAAAACUGUGACAUUUUGUUCCAGCCAUUUAACAUAGUUUGUAUAAAACGUCAUUGUCAAGGUAGCCCAAAACGUUGCACUGUUGGGUGUAAUGUCAGGAACUAAACAUUCCUCAAAAGAGCGCUCCAUUUUGUACCUAAAAAAAGUUGUGUAAUGAGUCAUCAAAGCUGCCAAACAGUGAAAGAUCAACAGAGCACUUGAAAUAAGAAAAAAUAGUCAAACUAAAAAGGUAAAAAGCAAAGAGGUGAAAUGACUGGAACCGUCUUUAUUUAUUUAGAUAAGAUUUAUAUAAAAGCACAUCUUAUUAAAAAAAAAAAAUGUUUUGCAAAAACGACAAUCCACGCUUCUAAUAGCUUAAAAGACUGAUUAAUUAGAAAAGUUUAGAUUGAGCUGAAAUCUGCAAAAUAAAAAACUUACAUUAAAGCAUAACCUCAAAUGAUUUCAAAAAUCAACAUUGAGAUCUUAUGUGAGAAUAUCCAUAAGUUGCAUAACAACCUGUUUGUGUUUUAUUAAUCAAAUUGAUGUAUUAUUUGCUAAGGCACAGUUAUUUCAAUCACCUCAAACCUAUUUAUCUCAUAACUACCUCUGUGUGAUCACAGUGACUCCCUAUGGUGGAGCAGGUCAGCAGGGGAUCCCAGAUCAAUAAACCUGAGGGGACAUGAAUCAUUCAAAGAAAAAGAAAUAACUAUGAGGUCGGGGGCCUAAAUACAUAGUUUUGUAAUGUGACAAAACAUUAGAAGUGCAGAUGCCCUCCUGGAGGGUUCUAAAUCAUCUCAUAACUUUUUUAAGGUUAUUCAUUGGCAGUUAAUUAUUAAUUUAGUGUUUUUUUACAUAAUUUUACAUCUUCUAAAAAUGUGGGCAAAAAUAACAAUGCGAACUGACUGGGCUCAAAGACUUAUGAUAAAGCUGAUGUCUCCAUUGUGCUGAUUCCGAGUCACACAGUAGGCAUUUAUAUCCACCCAGUGUUGUUCUAAGUGGAGACAGUGGUCUCCGUAGUUAAAAUCCAUCCCUUUUAGGUCCCUCAAAAGAAUUCCUUCUUUUGGUCAGUGAGUAAUGCCGCUUAAAUGCCACCAUGACAAAAGGUUGAGAGAGGAAAGGAAAUAAAAGAAAGAAAGGAGGGGUGGCAAACUUCUACUUGGAGCAAUAUAGGCAACACUGUGUCUGGGGCAAAGGGGCUCAUGUCAUGGGGACUGUAGGGCUUAAAGUUAAAGAUUACUUUGAAAUCUGCAUCCCCUACCAUCAAACUCUCCUGGUAUCUCCCCACCCUUCCUCCUCCCUGCAGCCAUCACUUCAGCUCCCAAAAAUAAAAAGCUGUCUCCACAGAAAAGGGGAUGAGUGGAGAGUAGAUCCUCUUUGAUGACAGAGAAGGAUCCUUUUGUUCCCUAAUCCCCACAGAACACCCCUGGCACCCCUUUUUCCCUCUCUCUGUAAGUCCAAUUGGACAUUAAGUGGCUUCAGUCAGGGGUUCAAAACAUAUUUGUUUACCUUUUCUACAAUACACGACAAGAAGGGGCGGAAUGAAUCACAAACUUUAUACUUUCAAUGGUUUAAAUCAUUUAUUAAGCAGAACAAUUAAAAAAAUAAACGUGUGAAAUAGCUCAGGGUGAGUCCCAGGGUACCAACCAUUCUUUUCUGUGCACAAAUGUCAAGAAUCGAACAGAGACAGUUGUGGGAUACACAUCUUCCUGCAACUUGCCUUAAGUGUGUGCAAAGUGUGUCGAUGUGUCAUUAUCAGAUUGGACACACAUAUUUCACAGGGGAGAUGAAAGUCUUCCAUAUACU